AUGCCCGGCUCCGCCAUGAAGGCUGCCUGCGGCGACCAGGUCGAGGUCAACCAGCAGUCCGACAACUACGGCAACAUCCAGGGUGAACUGCAAGUCGCCGCCUCGCAGAGCGACUACAACGCCGCCGAGUGCGAUAUCUGGCUGUGCAAGGGCUACAAGUUCGCCGACAACCAGGACAACAUCUACUCCUACACUGCCGGCCAGACGAUUGACUUUACGGUUGAUAUCCGCGCUCCUCACACUGGUAUCGCUAAUGUCUCCGUCGUGGAUACCGCCAGCAACACGGUCAUUGGUGAUCCUCUGAUCUACUGGUCCGUGUAUGCGUCCGUUGCUACUGGUGUUACUGCCAACGAGACUAGCUUCAGCGUUACGAUGCCUAGUGACCUGGGCUCGCAGUGUGCUACUGCUGGUGACUGUGUGCUGCAGUGGUACUGGUAUGCCGAGUCUAUUGAUCAGACUUACGAGUCUUGCAUCGACUUUAGUCUCGGUGGUUCCGGCUCUAGCUCUAGCUCGUCCAGCUCCAGCUCCAGCUCUUCCUCCAGCGUUGCGACUAGCUCUUCUACUGUAGCCGCUACCUCGUCGUCCGCUGCUGUUGAGACUUCUACUGUAGCCGCUGUCGAGACUUCCUCUGCCGCCGUCGAAACCUCUUCCUCUGCCGCUGUCGAAACAUCCACCCCUGCUGCAGUCGAGACCACCGCCGCUGCUCAGACUACCACUGCCGCCGCCGAGGUGACCACUUCCGCAGCCGUUCAGGCCGUGACUACUUUCGCAACCCAGGCCCGUCCAACCUCGCAGCCUAGCAACGUCGUUGCCACCCCUAGCAGCGUUGCAAGCACCCUGGCGAUCCCCACCGACAGUGCUCAGGAUACUCUGGACUUUGUCCGGUCCGUGUUCAAGUACCUGGUCGGCGAUAACUAA